GAACAAAGGACCGUUAUGCCGUCAGUUAAAACUGUUGCCUAAAGCGCAUGCGUAGCUGGUUUUGUGCUAGUUAAAAUGGCGGCAUCCGUGGAUCUUGAGUUGAAAAAGGCAUUUUCUGAACUUCAAGCUAAAGUCAUUGAAACCCAGCAAAAGGUGAAACUGGCAGAUAUACAAAUAGAUCAGCUGAACAGAACAAAAAAGCAUGCACAUCUUACAGACACAGAGAUCAUGACUUUGGCUGAAGAAACAAGGAUGUAUGAAGGUAUAGGACGAAUGUUUAUCCUUCAUCCCAAAGAAGUAAUUCACAAUCAGCUGUUAGAAAAACAAAAAAUGGCAGAAGAAAAAAUUAAGGAACUGGAGCAAAGGAAAUCAUAUUUGGAACGGAGUGUAAAAGAAGCUGAAGAUAAUAUCCGGGAGAUGCUCACGGCUAGAAGAGCACAAUAAGUUUCUUGUGUUUGGACUGAAUAUUUGAAAGCAGAGAUUUUGAACCCCUCUUGUUAAACAUGCAAAGAUGUGUAAGAUAUGAAGAACCUGGUUUAUGUAACUAGCUGCAUCAUGUCAGCCCAACCUUGUAGUUUGAUGCACUAAUAAACUAUUUAAUUUAUAUAUACCAUGA